UCUUCAAACCGUGGUCCUCCUGAUCUCUGCCUCCUGAGUAGCUAGGAUUACAGGCAUGAGCCACUUAGCAAGAUAAUUCUUUCUUCUCAUCAUAUGCAACACUCUCUUUACAUUGAAGGGUUAGGUUUUUAUUUCAGUCUUCAUAAUUUGACUUUGGUCUUGUUCCUCAAAUUUUAAGCACUCUGCUUUUGCUGAACUUUUGAACACAUGCCCUAUUUCAGCACUAGAUGGCACUCUACAUCAGGCUUCCUGUUGGUGUGUUGCUGCCUUAGUACUAAAGGGUACCCCAAGCCCACAUUUGUCCCAGAUUUGCAGUUGAUUUAUGGUUCAGAAUGAACUGGUAGAGUGUCUUGUAGGAUUGUCAGACCCUCUACCUGUUGCUGGGAUAAACCCAGACACCUCAUCCAUCAUCACUGGCCUAGGGUUAGGUACCACAGGAUUCUUUCUGGCUCUGGGUAUCACCAUGAAGGGACCAGCCCCAACCUCUUACCCAAUGAAUUUGUGUCCACCUCCAUUUUCUUCUCCCAAGCAGUUUACUCUGUUUUGUCCUACCUGAAUUUGGGGGAGAAAUGUGGUGGGCAGUCCUGUAAUUACCAAUGUAAUUACCAAUGCUGCAGUGCUAGGUCAUACAUGGAGCCCACAGCCUGCCAAGACCAGCACAACAGGAGGUACCACCAAAGCCCACACUUCUAUAGGCAGCCUGCUCUGUGGCAAACUCAUGGCUCAAGAUCACUGCAACUAGCCCCAAGUGAUGCUGCACAGAAUCUUAAGUCCAAUCAACAGGUGCUAAGGGUCUCUGCCUGGCACCAGGGAAGGUCCAGAGGCACUGACCUGGGGAAAAGGGACCAUUAGGAUCUGUCUCAUAUUGGGUUUUACCCGCCCCACAACUGAGUUCCAAGACACAGUCAUGUGUGCUCACUCUCCUGUCCUAUAUCCCAGUGACUAGUGUCUUGCUUCUUGCUCAAAGUUAGAGGGUCAGUAGCGGCUGUCUCUUGGCCACCUAAAUGGAACUAAGCUAGGUUACAUCUGAGUCUCACAGCAGCAGGGACCUGUGCAAUCUUGUGAUUGUGCACAAGCACAUGUGUGGCUGCCAAUGAUACAGGCCAAAACAUGAAACAUGAGUCUGUCCCACCAGAGUCAAGUCUUCACUUGAUGCUGACACAGGUCUGGAGACUGUCUGUGGGCACUGGCCUAGAAAUAGGCUUCUUUUUAUUCUAGCUGGUGCUGGGUCUCACCACAGUGGGCCCCACACUGAGUUCUGAGGUGAAGACUUCCCUGCUCCCACUUACUGGAAUCUUGCUCCAUGCUCUGAUGCCUGAGUUUGGGAAAGGGCUGGUGGGGGCAGUCUCUUGGCCCUUUGGCAAGGCAGAUGCAGAAGGUCACUUGGGUACUUGGCCUUGGGGCAGGGACAUGGGCCCAUCAGUCACUGGGUUUCAGUUAGCAGGCCUGGCAUUGGAUUUUAAGUCUAAACCCUGGACUUAAUUUGCUGUCCCUCUUACAAGUUGGAGGCAUCUCUCUCCACACUAUAGUGUUUGGUGUUGGAGGAGGGGUGAUGUGGGAAACUCCUUUUUGCCUUCUUCAAUGUGUCUUUUCUUAUUAUUAUAAUAAAACACCAGGCACUGUGAUUUUAUCACCUGUCUUCCUUAGCUCUUAUGAAGGUGGAUUAGUGCAUGAACAGCUGUUCAAAUUGGUGUCUCUGUGGGAAGAUGAUCCAGAUGAUAGAUUCAAUCACCAGUGUCUUACUCAGCCACCAUCUUGCUCCCAAUCCCCUUCCUUUACUUCUUUAAUCGUGGAUUCAGUUACCUGAAUACAUUUGUAAGAGUGAUUUUGAAGGCUUUGUUACAUUUGACAUUUGCUCACUCUCUUGCAGUUUACUUGCCUUCUUGCUGGUUGUAUGUCCAUACUUUACUAUUUCAGUGCAUGCUUAGCAAGCUUUUGUUGGAAACUGGUACAUUUUAGAUCAUGUAUUUUAACAGCUUUGGGUACUGGUCCUCCCUUUUGGGGCUAUUAUUUGCUUAUUUGUCUAGUAAUACCAUGAGCUACUCCAUCCACCCUUUUUUUAUGAUGGGUGUUUUCGAAAUAGGGUCUUCCAAACCAUGUGUCCAGGCUGGCUUUAAACUGCAAUCCUCCUGAUCUCUGCCUCCUGAGUCACUAGGAUUUCAGGUGUAAGCUACCAGUGCCCAGCCAUGCUGAAUUUUAAUGGAGUCUGUUCUUAUCUUCCCCACUCCUUACCACACCUUAUGAAGUUCAGAUCUGGGAACUGAGUUUGGUAACACACAGUUACUCUGUGGUGACAACAGUUUUUGCAGUUUUCUUUUGAGUUUCUUUCCCUGACCACACCCAACAGUUAAGCUCCAAUUAUUUCCAGUUGAUUGCUUUAUUGAUUUCAAUAAUGCUGGAGCAUAAAUUGUUCCACAGACUAAAUCAAUCAAAUCUGAACUCUUUUGCAGGAAUAGUCCUCAAGGUCAGUGCUUAAAAUUUCUUGUGCAUCCAGCUGGCUUUUUCUCAGGUUCUUUGAGGCAAACUAACUGGCCUACAGUUUAGCUUACAGGUAUAAUCACUACCAGUCUUAUAGGUGCCUUUCACCACAGCCUCCACUGUCUUUGAGAACAUUCAGACUUGAAUUCACUACUCUUUGAGAACAGAGUUGGUUCCUGUGGGAAGAGGCAAGCUGUUAUCAAUAGUCUGCUUCUCUCCCCUGAGGAAAACCAACAAGUCAGAGAGUGAGCUAGGAGUGGGGACAAUGACAUGCUUCUCUCUUGAGUGACAUCCUAGCUCUAGGAGCGAGUGCUAGAUGAAGAGGGGUGACAACAGCCUUCUAUCUUUUUGGUUUCUCUCUUCCUUCAUAAAACUGCCACUUCACAUGCAGGGCCAAAGGGUCCUUAGUAUCUUUAGCAUGCUAUGCCCAACUCAGAGUCUCCAUUCAAUGAAUGGGAUCUGGGUAGGAGAAUGGAGCCUCCAUUCUUGACUGCAGUCACCAAUUUAGUGACCAACUGUGAAAUGCUGGCAUCUUACUCUCCUCCAAACCCCAAGGAAAGGUAGACCUUAAUUGAGAAUUGGGAGAGAGCGAGCUCUGUGCCCAGGCUGGCUCAGAUGUGGAAUUUUCAUCUGUCCAAGUUGGGGGCAGGGAGGAAGUGGUUCUCAGUAGAAAUAUCACAGAUUCUCCCUGUUUCUCCUGAUUUCUAGUAGACUGUUUUGAGUAAAUGAUUUUUUGAUAACCUAGAUGACCUUAGAAUUUCUAGAGACGUUAAAUGCUUUAAAAAAAAAAACUUUCACUUAGCUACUCUAGGGUACAGACUUGCACAACCCCUCACUUUCAUUUUUAUUGACUAAAGUGUUUAGAGCUAUACUUUUGCCUCUGUUCAUUGCUAGUGAAGUAUUCCACGGAUUAUGAUAUGAAAUAUUUUUAUUAUUGUAUUUCAGAAAAAUCUGUUCCCGUUUCAAUACGGAGUUUCAUAGAAAGUUUAAAAAAUGUACAGGUGAUUGAGCCUGUUUGUAAUAUUUCUACUUUUAAGAAAUCACUAAUUUUUUUUAAUGUAUGCUAGUAGAAUAAAUUGUCAUGGGCUGUAGGUUGGCUCAAGUGGUAGAGCACCUGCCUAGCAAGUGUGAGGCCUUGAGUUCAAACUCCAGUCCCUCAAAAAAAAUUGUAAAUUUUCAACAUGUGUUUGAGAAAAGUAUGUGUUUCUAGUAUCAGGGUUUGUGUAAUCUCAAAAUAAUUACCUUAUCAAUUAUGCUGUUCAGCUCUUGUAUCUUCAUUCAUCUUUUGUCUGCUUGUUUUUUUUAUUAGUAUGGUAAUAUUGAAGUAUCCUAUUAAUUUGUUUCUAUUUCUCCUUGUAUCGCCUGUCAUUUUUGUCUUAUAUAGGAGGUAGCUUAAUUAUUUCAUACACAGAUAUUCUUAACUGUUAUACCUCCAUUGUGAAAAUGUGACCAUUUUGAUCUAAAUUCUGCCUGAUUAGAAAUAAUUGUCACAUAAACUUCCAAUUUAGUUGUUAAAAUUUGUUAAUACUGUAAAAGAACAGCAAAACUAUUUAUGUUACUUUCAUUUUCCAAAAAGAAAAAGCCUUUCUGUUUUCAUUUUCAAUCAGCAGUUGCAAAGGAUCUACCAGUAGAUUCACUGGAAGAAGAUUUUGAGAAGGAGUUCUCAUUUUUGAACAGCCUCCUAAGUCCUAGUUGUUCAAGCACAAGUGAAUUUACCCAAGAAAGCCAGACUUCCUGUGGGAGCCCCAGUACCAGUCUCACAUCCCAGGAGCCUUCUGUGGCAUCUGAGCCUCUUGCUCAUUCCUCUGGAUUCCUUCCCUCACAACUCUUUGACCUUGGCCUUCAUGCUGCUGGAGCUUUCAACACCCCUGGCAGUGGUAACCAAGACAUGUCAGCCUGGUUCAAUCUGUUUGCAGACUUGGAUCCACUUUCAAACCCAGAUGCUAUUGGACACUCAGACGAUGGGCUUCUUAAUGCUUGACUGAGUUAAGCCACUUCAGGGUCUCGAGUCAUCAAUUCUGCAACAUAUGCUUUUGUGGAAGGAGGUUUAUAUUGCAACCCCCAUGCAAAAGCAUGGUGUUUGUGAAUCUAACAGCUGUAAGUUGACUUUAAGCAGAGGAUAAGGACACAUUUGAAUAGAUAAAGUAUAUCUUUAAUCUUGGAUUUGUAGCUGCUGAUGCUAUAUGGAAAAAUUUAAAAACUACUGAGUGAGUCUGCAAUAUUCAGAUACCAAAAUUUAAUGUCUAAAUAACAGGAAUAAUUCUGUCACUAAGGAGUUGGGCUUGUUUCUUUGGAAAGCAUUUUAUAUUUAAGUUGCCUUGCUGGAUAUGAGAAUUUUAUAUGUAGAUAAAAGACAGCAUGUGAAUUGGGUUGUGUUUUAGGGGUGGUUUUAAAAAGUG